AUGAAUCACAAUUCUUCAAAAGUGUUCAUCUGGAAUAAAACGGAUUUGAACGAAAAUCGAGACAAAUCCGUUUCUCAAAGACAAGUAACAUCCCAGCUUGAUGACACAAUCAUCACGAACAACAACGAUCCUGUUUUUAGAUCCAUCAAGCAUUCAAAAAAUGGGACCAAUAACAGUCUGCACGGCUUUGAAGACCAAUCAUCAUCAUGUUUUAAUUCCUCCUCCGAUCAAAAUAAUAUUUUCCAAAAACCUUCAACAUUGUGCAAGAAUAAUAAUUCCUUUCUGGCUCUGGACGAUUUAAACGAAAAAGAAAUAGUAUCAAUAUACCAUCGAUACUUUCCAAAAGGAACUAAAAUUUUUCAUGCCCGAUGCGGUUGUGGCUAUUUGCAUCCCUACAUUACGAUACCAUCUCAAGUGCAUCAUCAGCCAAAUGAAGCAGUUGACACACAUCAUCAAAUUGUACAUAAUAUUCAUCAUGUGAGUGGCGUAAACAACAGCAACCACAACAAGAUAGUAAUACGGAGAAAUUUUUCCCAAAAGGACAUGAAGCCACAAAUUAUCUCGAAUCUUGACCCUAAUGAUGGUUCUAUGUCACAGGAAACUGUACGACACGAAGAGAAAGAUUUUAUGACACUUUGCAAUACUUCCAAUAUCGUCCAUCCAAAUAAUAAUGCAUCCACACAUCAUCAUACAUCCACCUCAUGGUUUGAGUUGGGAGAUGUUCAAAGUAGUGUGGUACUGGAAUCUACGAAGCAAGCUUCGAAUAAUAUUACAUACACAAUAAGAAGUGUCAACAAAAACCAUAUGCUUGAUAGUGGAUGCUUUUCUGGUUCCUCUUCAUCUUCGUUAACAACCACAGAUACAAAUCCUCUACACGAAGCAACAACAAAAAAUGAAGAAUAUUUACUACAAACAACAAAUGAAAAAAAUAUUUCAAACCUUCAGAAGCAAAUACAAGAAUUGAAACAAAAGCAAACAACUUUGGUCUCACCCGAAAUAUUAUUGGAGAAAGAAAAACAAAUUGAGCAACUUAAUAAUUUACUGAAUGAAAAAGAACAAAACAUAUACCAUCUCUCUAACGAAUUAGAAAAGGUGUCCCAAGAAAAAGACUAUAUUUCUAACAAUCUUGCGAAUGGUAUUGAAUCCAAUAAGAGAAUUUUGGAGACUCUCGAAAGUGAGUUGAUAAGAAUCAAAAACGAAAUGUGCAUUCAGGAAGAAGAAUUUUCAAGGAAAAAAAAACAACUUGAAACAGAGCUGAAUUCCAACAACGAGCAAUCAUCCACUAAAAUACAGGAUCUGCAAGAUCAAUUACACCACAUAACCUCUGUCAAUAGCAUGUUGCAACAAGAACUAUCACAAUCUAAGGAGCAAAAUAGCAAUAAUCAGGCAUUUAUUGAAUCUCUUCAAUCUAAAUUGCAACGUGUGAGUCAUGAUUUAGAAAAUGAGAGAGAAUCUGUACGAAUGCUACGCUCUGAUCUGGAGAAUUCACAAACCGAAAACACUUCCAAUGUCAAUGCUUUAAAGAAGGCUUAUCAAGAAGUUAAAGAAAUGAAUUCUGAGUUGGAUGUUCUUAAGAAAGCUCUAUCAGAAAAACAAUCACUAGUUGACGAUUUAGAAUCACAACUAAUUCAAGCUAGGAUUGACAUGGAGAAAAGCGAACGAGAAGCUACUUUAAUACUUGCUAUUAGUAGCCUUAAAAAAGAGCUCACUUCUCUCUCUGAUCAAUUAUCGGAGAGCAAAAAUUAUGAAACUGUUCUUAAAAAACAAGUGGAAGAUCUUGAAAAAGAGAUAAAAACCAUGAAUGAAAAGCAAAAGCAUGACAUGGAUAACAAAGAGAUAGCUAUGAAAGAAUUGGAAGAAAAAGAACAAGACAUUUUAAAGCUUAGUGAGUCAUUAUCGGAAAUUAAGACGGAGAAUAAGAAUAUGAAAGAGAUGUUUGAAAACAUGUCUCAUGAAUUGAAAAAUGAAAUAUCUCAAAAAGAAGCCUUCAUCAACUCUUUACAAAAAGACAUUGAAUUUUGUCGAGAACAAGCACAAUCUCAAAACGAACUAUUGAAAGAAAGAAUAGAUGAGUUGAAUCUCCAAUUAGAAAUAGAGAAGAGACAAGUGACAAACUUUAGAGAGUCAUCAGAACAAUACAAAGUUAUAAAUGAUAACCUUGUCCAAGAAAUGGAGAUUUUGAGGAUUGAUUAUUUGAAAACCCUCGAAACAGUAGCUUUGAAAGAAAAGGAAAUUGUAUAUAUCAGUGAAACAUUCAAAUCUCUCAAGAAUGAGCAUGAAAACUGUGUUAAAGAAAAAAAUAUGCUCCAAACAGAAUUGCAACGACUCGCAGAGAUGAAUUGUCAAAAUGAACAGAAAUUGAGAGAGUUUAAAGAGCAGGUGCAUGAUUUAACAGCGGAAAUUCUAAAACGUGAUACCUUACUUCAAGUGAAUAACGAUGAAAAACAACACUUUUCACAAGAGUUGCAAACACAAUUGGUCGAAUGUCGAGAAAAGCUCGCAAUCAUGACAAAUGAGUUAAAGAAAAUGAAUGAUUCGUAUAAUGAGAAGCAACAAAGUAUUGACAUUUUACGGAAAGAACUGGAUGAAUUUAAAGAUAUUUGCUCCAAUCAAAAAAGUGAAAUUGAGAAAAACAAUGAGACUAUCGCUGAACACAAGAAUACUAUUCAAAAUUUAAGCACUCAAUUGCAGGACUACAUCUACCGUUGUGAACAUCUUUCGAACGAUGUUCAAGGAAAAGACAAAGAAAUAUCCGAAAAAAUGAGUAUCAUCGAGAAGCAUGAGCAUACAAUAGAGGAUUUAAAUUCUGAUAUUUCUCAAUCUCGAAAAUACCAUUCUACUCUACAAGAUCAAAUCACCAUACUUCAGGAAAAGCUUUCAUCGUCUAUUACAGAGUACAACAUUCAAAUAAUGAAUCUCAGGAAAGAAUGUGAGAGAGUUGUUGCGGAAUGUAAGAGUGAAUUACUGAUAAAAGAACAAAAAAAUAAUGAAUUGAAUGAGAAAAUCCGAAGCAUUGAGCAAAAGAUGAUCGAAAAUGAGAAAUUACUUGAUGAAAAGAGUCAGCUAUGUGAACAGUUGGAGGCAAAAUUGACAAGCAAUGAAAUUUCAAAACUCAAAAAGGAAAAUCUUGAAUUAAGGCAAUAUGUCGAUGAAGUGAAGCAAUCAAAUGAUAAGAUGCAUCACGAAGUAGAACGCCUUCUUGAACAAAUUACUUCAACGAAGUUCCAGUCAAUCCCUUUUACCAACGGUAUUGAAACUAUGGCAAACAACCAUUCAAAUGUUUCAAUAUUAAGCAACUCAUCUUCCACCUCUUUUUCAGACCAUAAGUAUGAUGGUGGUCAACUUUCCUCUCAAAUCAGUACAACGAGUAGUACUUAUACAAUGCUUAGUAAGCACCACCGUGGAAUUACAUCAACCAAGUCUCCUUCAAGUACGGGACAUCAUAAUUCAUCAACAACUCAAGCCGUUUCUUCUCCAUUUGAAGUUUGGAAGCAGUUGCGUUCCGAAAUUUUGCGUUUGAAGCAAAAGAAUGUUGAAAUGGCUCAACAAAUUAUGCAAGUCACAAAAUCAAAGGAGGAAGCAAUAUCCAAACUUGAAAAGGAGCUGAGAAGAGCUCAAACAGAUUGUUCUCAACUCAAGAGAAUUGAAAUUGAAUUUGAAAAAUCGAAAUCUUAUUGUCAACAACUGGAAGAGACUCUUAAAAAAUGUGAAGAGAACAAUAAUAUUAUGAGAACCAAGUUGGAAUUAUUGGAGAAGGAAAAGUUAACAUUAUGGAAGUUGCAUGAACAAACAAGAAAUGAGGUGAUUUCUUUGAAAGAUACGACAACGAAAUUGAAUGAGGAUAAUUUGAAAUUAGCCAGAGCUGAACAACGACUCGUGACGAGCAUGAAUAAGGAAAUUGAUAAAUUGAAAAAGGAAAAGAAAGCAUUGGAGGAACGAUUGCAGUCAACCAUCACAGAAAAGAAGAAGAGAUGA